AGGUCGAGGGGGGCGAUGGUUUGGGGUUGAUCCGAGCAAUAGAAAAGCGUAAAGAAUAGACCCGGGGUGGCCUGUGCGAUGACAUCAUCUCUCAUUUGCAUAAAUCUCAGUCUAAGCGCUGAUUGGUCACGGGCCGGAGAAACCGAAGCCGUUUUCUCUAUUCAUCCCUUUCAAUUUCACCCCCGCGCGCUCCUCCCGCACUCGUCCGGUGUGCGCGUGCGUGCGCCGAUCGCCAAGCGCGGUUUCAUUCUGUGCUGCCAGGAGACGCGCAUCUCUUUUAUCGCCAGUAGACGCCGAAUCAGCUCGGAAAAGUCUGGCUCCGGUCCUCCGUUAGAGCUUCAGUCUAAGGGUUUUAUUCGCAGGAUUGCUGUCGGUUUUACUCGAUUCACGGUGACGACCGCCGGCUGUCUGGUUCCGCUUGGAGAAAGCUGAGGAGACGCGAGUACUGACUGGGCGUAGCUGGAGGAAAAGCGCUUGAGAUUCGAUCAGUCACCGUAGCUGUCUGAUAGCCGUCCUCGGUUCCUCAUUCCUCUAUUCUUAAGACGGGCCAGCAGGACUAAGACGAGAUGAAACCGGAUGGUGUUGACGUGGCAACAGUGGAGCCGAUGGAAGCGUUGAACGCAGGUCCUGAGAUCGAGGUGGUGCCAGCGGGUGGAGCUCAAGACCAGGCCUUGCCCGGCACGCAAACAGAAGCCGAACCACAGCCAGCGGAGGCGCUAUCAGCAAAUGACAAGACUGGGAAGGAGAAGUCCGCAGAUCCCAAAACUAAGACAAAAGCUCCUACCAAAACAAAGACGUCCACCGCUGGUACCAAGACGUCUACCACUGGUACCAAGACGUCUACCACCAGCUCCCGUCCCACCACCGCCCAAAGCCGUUUGACCAAUGGCACGCAGAAGACGCAAGCCAACGGUGUCGCCAAAAAGACCACCACAGCCGGGCUUGAGAAGAAGACCUUGACGAGUGCCGCUCCUAAAAAAACACUCGGCUCUACUGCUGUACCCACCACCAGGACCUCAGUGAAGACGACCGAGAAGAAACCUGCGGCGGCUCCAGCUAACGGAGUGAAGAAAACCCCUGCGGCGUCAGCGAGCAGUCUGAAAUCCAACCCAAAAACAUCAGCUCCUGCUCCAAGACCCGCCUCUGCAUCCACCACCAAGCCCAUCUCCACCGCCUCUCCCAAACCUCCAGUCUCCAAGACAACCAGGCCUGCUGGAACUACCCCUGCUGCCCGCUCUUCCCCUGCCACCCCGAAACCAGCGACUCCAACAGCUGCCAGCAAAACUACAUCUGCAUCCAGACCAACAACCGCUACACCCAAGACACCAUCCACCACUGCUAAACCCUCUCCUGCUAAAACCACAGCCCCCCCUGCUGGUCGCACUCCCACUGCUAAGACCACAACACCUGUCAAGAAAGAUGUCAGUAAGCAGCCAUCCACCCCUGCGGCCAAGAAACCCUCCGCCUCGCCACUCACCCGGCCAGCACCGGCAAAAACCACCAAACCUGACACCCCCAAAUCAGCCACUGCUGCCAAGCCAGAAUCCGCUUCCAAGAAACCCCCCACCUCAAGCAAAGCAGUGGAUGCUAAGACUAGUAAACCUAAGGAGAACAAAGCGGCACCAUCCAAGGAAAUCAGCGCAAGCGCCAAGACAACAAGCAAGUCCAGCGCUAAGACAAGCAGCCCAAAGAAGGCGGUUGGCAGCAGUACUCCAAUGCCAGUGAAGCGUGGCCCUAAAACCACCCAGCCUGCAGAUGCCACAGAGGGCCAGAAAGAGGACAUUCUACCCAUUGUGGCUGCGGUUGCAGCCCCAGUUGCAGCUGCUGCUGCUGUUGUUUCCAUGACAACCUCAGAAGAAGCACCUGAACACUCAGCCACACCUUCAGUACCUGCUGCCUCUGAGGAAGCACCUGAGGCCAGUCCUGCUGUCUGUGAGGUUAAAGCAGAUGUGACUGCUUCUGCCUUGGAGAAAGCACCUGAAGACACAGAAAUGCCCAGAGUUCCCCCGACAUGUGAUGAGACACCUGAAGAUACAGUCACACCUGUCAUUCUUGCUUUUGAUGAGAUGACUGAAGACACAGUCCCACCUGUCAUUCCACCUGCUUCUGAUGAGAGACCUGAAGACACAGCCACACCUGUCAUUUCCCCUGCAUCUGAAGAGACACUUGAAGAAAAGGUUACACCUGCCCUUUACCUUGUUUCUGAUGAGACUCCUGAUGACACAGCCACACCUUUCAUUCCUUCGGCAUCUGACGAGUUGCUUGAAGAAAAAGUUACACCCGCCCGUCAUCCUUCUGAUGAGACGCUUGAAGAAACAGCUGCAUCUGUCCUUCAUCCUGCUUCUGAAGAACCUCAAGCUUUUGAUGAGAUACUUGAAGACAGAGUGACAUCUUUCAUUUCUUCUGCAUCUGACGAGAUGCUUGAAGAAAAAACUACACCUGUCCUUCAUCCUUCAUCUGACGAGAUGCUAGAAGAGACAGUUACAUCUGCCCUUCAUACUGGUUUUGAAGAACCUCAAGCUUUUGAUGAGAUGCUUGAAGACAGAGUCACAUCUUUCAUUACUUCUGUUUCUGAUGAGAUGCUUGAAGAAACGGUUACACAUGUGCUUCAUCCUGCUUCUGAUGAGAUGCUUAAAGAAACAGUUACAUCUUCCCUUCCUCCUGAUUCCGAAGAGGCACUUGAAGACACCUUCACACCCAUCCCUCAUCCCACUUCUUACGAGACACUCAAGGACACAGUUACACCUGUCCUUCAUCCUGCUUCUGUAGAGGCACUUGAAGAAUCAGUUGCCCCUGUCAUUUCAGCCUCUGAAGAGGAGGAGCAUGUUCAUCCCCAAGACAUCCCACAGAGCAUGGACCUUUCCAAAGAUGACAGUGCAGUGUCUCAGCUAGCUGCUACAGUGGAUCUGGUCAGUCUGAAUGAGCCUGUGUCUGCUGUGUCUCCUCUAGGCACCACAGUACUGUCCCCACCAUCCUCUCCCACUGGCUCUGCUCCUCUUUUGGAAAUGCAUGGUCCAGCUGAAACUUGGUCUCAAAGUCUGUACCCCAGCACCAUGACCCCAGACGAGCAGGAGCAGGAGGAUGAGGAUGGAGUCCAAGAUGUCAUUCAGAUGUCCUCUUUCGCAGCAGAGAAUAUUAUACAAGGCUUUGAUCUGCUGAGCUGCACUGGGGCAGAUCCCUUCAGAAGCCAAGCUCCUGUCUCCCCCUGUCAGGAGAAAGAGGAGGCGGUGGAGAAAGCGGAGGAGGAGAUUAAUGAAGACGUUGAUGAGGAAGAGGAUGAGGAAAGAGAAAUUGACAGAGUGCAAGCAGUGUCCCAAACAGUGAUUGACAAUGAUUGUAUAAAGGGUGUGGCUGAUUUUGUCAGUUCUGAUUGGGGUAUGAUGCAGUCGGAUGAUAGAAAUAUCAGUUAUGCAUAUGAAAGAGAAGAAACAUCUCCCUUCAAUACUGAGAACAGCUGCACUGAUAAAGAGACAAGUGACAUCUUCUUGAACGAGCAACCAUUCCAGGGACCUCCUGGAAUCGACUCUUACUGUGAUGAAGACGAGGAUGAGGAGGAUGAUGAGAAAGAGGAAGAACAUGAAAAUACUGAGCAAUACCAUGAGCAACACAAAGACAAUGAGUUUGUGGAAAAAGAUGUGGAGAUGGUCUGCAGCAGAAUGGCUGAAAGUGGAAUUUGUAGUAAUGAUAGAGAUGAUGAUGAGGAUUAUGGAGGUGAAGAUUACAGAGAGGAGGCUCAUCUCAGUCUUGACAACAAGGGCCACGCUGUGGAUGCACCAUCUAUGACAAAGACAGAAGCUUGGGGUCAUUCCAAUCCAUUCUCAGAGCCAUGGGUCCAGUCUGCUUUUAUUGUGUCUGAAUCAAACCCAAUAGAUACAAGAUCUGAGGAACCAGACACUCCCCCUAAAUCCCCAGUAGAGUCCUUCUUACACAUAAAUCCACCACUGAUCGAGACCUCAGAACCUCAACCCGAUGUCCAAGAGCAGACAAAGAGUGCAUUUCCUGUGGAGUCUGGCAUCUUGGCAGCACCUGCCAUUGGGAUGUCGCAGUCCAGCACUCUCAGCGGGACGGCUCUGGCCGCACACAGCAGCAGCGAGACCAGCACACCCGAGGAGCUUCAAGACUACGACAGCAGCUCGGGUGUUGAGUCCAGAUCAGACAAGCAACAGACGCCAGUUCCUGCAAUGCAGAUGGACAUGGACCAAGAUCUUGGUAUCCACCUGGAGCGAGGUGAUGGGGAGGAGGAAGAAGCAGAAACGCUGCCUGCCGACGAGGUGUUGGGUGAGGGACUAACAGCACCCGCCUCGGUUCCGUCGUCACCUUCAAGUUCUGGUGAUGAGGCAAGUGACACAGAGGGUGAGUUGCAGAUCAACGACCCUGACGUCGCAGUUGACGAAAGCGCCGCCAUCCCUCAUAACCUCGUUUCUCUUGAGGAAGAUGAGGAGGUCCCGGGGCAGAUGGGAGAGGAAGAUGGAGAUACGCCUCAGUCUGCAAACUCUGUGGCCUCUUAUGGUUUCGACUGCUCCAACUCCAAUGCCCACUCCACGGCUGAGAGCUGUGGGAAAAGCCCGGGUAUCUUCAGUUUGGAAAAUGAAGAACAGCUUCCAGAGGAGUUCAAGGAUCCCUCUUUCAUUAAAGAGCUUACCUUGCCUGCAGCUUCAGCCUACAGCGACGACUUGUUAGGCGGCCCGGUGGAUCUGCUGCCUAUCAGCGAGCCCAAAGAGAGAGAUGCAGGCUUUGAUGAGCACUACAUGAUGUGCAGGAAGACUGAGCCCACUGCGAUGGAGGAGUUGGAUCCCGAGUCUCCCAUGCACCUGUCACCCCAACAUGGGGAUGAUUCAGAUGGCCAGCCACCCUACUACUCUACUAUAUGUGAUAAGACUGAUAAUUUUCUGGCAGGUAAUGUAUAAAGUACCUCCUUUGGAAUGCACCUUGUCUACCCUAAACCCCGCACCCCCACUGUUCUCCACGUCUUUUAGAUGUGGGGUUAGCGAGUAUGAAUAGUAAUAAGGAAUGGAAAGGGGGGAAAGGAGAGGUGUCAGGGGAGGGACUAUAGCUUUGUCUGAGCUGCUCUAUGUUCUUCUAUUACCAUGCUCAUGGUUAUGAUUGUACGGCUUAAACUUCUGUAUGUACAGUAGCGAUUCUCAUUUUCUAUUAGAAUGUACUUUUUAAAUAACACUGCGUUUCAUGGCAACCCUGAAGAUGAAAUGUUAAAAUUAGUCCUUUGAUGAAAGUAAUGCAAAAAAAAAAAAGAAACACACGUCAUGGACUCAACCUACCUUUGUAUUUAUCCUACUGUUUUUACCGAUCUAGUGUCAAUUCUUUUAUACUUUGUUUUUGUUUUGUUUUAUUUUAUUUUAUUUUGCUGUGGAAAUCCUUGUCUUAUUGUCAUGUUUGUACACACAUCAGUUUUCCUGCACUAGCUUUAUUGACUUCUUUAACUUGUUCCGGUGUCCAGCACUAACACUUUUAGCAUUAAGUACAGGUUAGAUGUUACAGAAGCGUUUCACACUCGCAGUGUUUGACAUAGAGAGGUGAAUGUGUGUUAGAUGGCUUGUCAUGAUUCAUUUUUACUGUGUUUUGUUAGUUUUGGGCUACUUGACAAUAACUGCUGAACAUUUUCGUAAAGGAUAACGUAGAUUCCCAUUGGCACGUAACAUAAGUGUUUUCAAGUACAGAGUUUCGACUGAUCUGGAUUCUUUCAGUAUUUGGACGUUCUUGCUUUGGAACAGACUAACUCUUACUGUUUAUGAAAAAAAGUGUUUUCCUGCAUUUGUAAGUCUUAAAAUAAUGCUUGCAAGUCGUUGUAUUGUGAGCACUGGGACAUUUCGAGAACAAUUGGAAGUGCAUGUGCAAUUCAUCGAGAAAUUGUGGUCCGGAGUGUUUGGACACAAUAACCGUUCACAAUAACUAAAAGGUUUUCAAAAUUGCAUUAAACAUUAUUACAAGGCU